AUGAAGAAGGAUGCGAAGAAUCGAAAACAGUUUUUGCAGCUCAAAAAAAGCUAUGUUCGAAUAUUUCCGUUCGCAGUGGUAUUUGCAUUGCCGUUCCUCGGCCCUUUGGUCGAGUCUUAUAUCAAGCAGAAAGUGGGUAGUUUUGGAGAAGAUGCAGAAACUAUUAAAGCUGCAGUUGCGGAGAAAUGCAUAGGCUGGUUCGAAGAUAUCUUGCAGUAUCACAGAAAUCCGAAAUCAGUGCUGUUGGAUGAUUGCGAUGAUUAA